AUGUAUCGGGGCUCCUUCGCACCACCGCCCGCGCAGUCGCCUCCUCUGCACCACCCCGUUCCGCAGCAUGUGUCGACCGUCCCCAUGAUGCGCUCUCCUCCCCCUCCCUCUCAACAGACACCGAAUGCUGGUUAUGGAGGUGGAGGAAAUCCAUACCAGCCAUCUCCCGCCCAAAGUGGCGCUGCCGGCGCUGCCGGCAACUAUGGUCCCAAUUUCCCCGGGUUCAUGAGUGAUCCUACGGCACAGAUGGGCUUCCAGGUUGGAAAGAGCGCGAUGGCAGCUGGACAGGAAUAUGUGGAACAGAACUUCAAUCGCUAUGUGUCCAUACCUGCCCUCAAGCACUACUUCAACGUCUCGAACUCCUACGUCCUGAACAAAGUCGGCCUCGUCCUCUUCCCUUGGCGACACAAGCCCUGGUCCCGCCAGCAGGCCAGGAUGGGGGUCAAUGCUACCGGACCGGAUGGCCAGAUCGUCCAGCAGCAAUACUCCUCCAUGUUCCUCCCCCCUCGAGACGAUCUCAACUCGCCUGAUAUGUACAUCCCUGUUAUGGCAGUGGUCACAUACAUUCUCUUGUCGGUAUUGCUGGCUGGAUUCCGUGGGGACUUCCACCCGGAGCUUCUGGGCUCGGUCACCACUACGUCUAUUGCGGUGAUCAUCUUUGAGAUCCUGUGCUUGAAGAUGGCCAUGUACAUUCUUACCAUCAACAACGAUUCGCAGUUGUUGGAUCUGGUGGCCUACUCCGGAUACAAGUUUGUGGGCAUCAUCGCUACUCUGGUUACAUCAGAGAUCUUGACCCCCGGCCGUGGAACUGGAGGCUGGGUUGGCUGGUCGGUCUUUAUCUACACUUACCUGGCCAACGCAUUCUUCCUGCUCCGUUCCCUGAAGUACGUCUUGCUGCCCGACUCGGCCGACUCGUCCAUGCGUACUGGUGCCAUGCACACCGUGGCUCGCGGCCAGCGUAACCGUCGCACUCAGUUCUUGUUUGUCUACUCGUACAUCAUCCAAUUUGUUUUCAUGUGGGUGCUCAGUCGCGAGGGUCCAUCCGCAUUGGCUGCGAACGGAAGCUCAUGA